AUGUGGCUUACUUUAACGCAUGGUUUGAUUUUUCUUAAUUUGUUUAAAAUCUCGGUACAGUUACAAAAUAUAGAUACGAACUCAUUUACAGAUAUUGAAAACGAUUACAAAUACGAUUCUGUGGAGAGUAGUUUGCGUUAUGAUGAUGAUAGAGUCAAUAUUGGAUCACAAGGGUAUUUGAAACCUAUAAAGAAUGAAGUUAUGAGUGAUUUGGACAAUAAUAAGCGAGUGGGGUUGUUUUCUAUGGAGAAACCAACGAAGUAUCCAUUUAAAGAACACCUAGAGCUACGGCCACUUCCAAAGAAUUCUCUUCUUUCUUCGUUUCAGUUUCACUUGAGCUCUAAUGAGUUCUCAAUUGACAAAAGUGAUCGAAGUAAUAACCAAUAUAGCCAUUACACGGUGUUCCCAAGAUCAAUCAGUCCGUUGAUGGAUAAUACCAAUACGAGGCAAGUUCAUUUAAGGUUCACUCAUGGUAUUUGGGACCAUGAAAAUUGGGGUCGGCUUCCUCAUGAUGGCAGAAAAUCUGGUGGAUCGGGUGUUGAAUUAUGGGCUGUUAUCGAGGCUUCUGAUCAUAACACGGCCUUUGAUCAGUGGGUAAAGUUAUCAAAUAUGUUGAGCGGAUUAUUCUGUGCAUCCAUAAACUUUAUUGACUCGGCUAAAACCACAUAUCCAAUGUCCAGCUUUCAGCCUGGGGAUGGUGAAGAAAUCCCACUUUUCAAUGCUUCUAAUAAAUUGUACCUAUUGAGGGGAGCGCUCGCAAACGAGCCUGUUUGUACUGAAAAUAUGGCUCCGUUUAUUAAGUUAUUACCAACCAAGGGUAGACAAGGUAUUUCUACAUUGUUAGAUGGACACAAGAUUUUCGACUCUCAGUGGCAUUCACUCUCCAUAGAUGUUACUACUGUUUGUGAGUCAAAUAGUUGUCAUUAUGAAAUGGAAGAGUUCAUUAAUGUUGCAAUAAAUGUCCCCACUACGUUAGCUCGUUCAGUGAGGCCUAUCCCCAAACCCGUAGAUGGUUCAGAGCUACGUUGUGAUAAUUCCAAACACUAUGAUGCAUGGACCUGUUUUCCGCUACCUGAAAGUAUUGAGGGCAAAUACGAGUUAUCAAAAAUAUUUGGUAAAUAUAUCAUGGGAUCAAAUUCAUUAUCUGGAUAUCCAACACAGACUUGUGUACAAGUUUCUGAUAAUUGGAAAGCUUUAGUAAAGGUAGAUGGUUCAUAUUUCUCCACGGACAACAACUGUUUCGAUGUGAAAGGUGAAGACUGGCACGAUAUUUAUUUGGAGACAGAUGAUACUACUCAAGUAGAUCCAGUAAAGGCCUCGCCUGUAUAUGUAACCAGGUCAUUAACUGGCUAUUCUCAGGACAAAGGAGGUUUACGGGCAGUUUUCAAGAAUCCAACAUCCGAACCUGUGGAGUUAGUAUAUUUUGAAUCGUUACCGUGGUAUAUGAAUUUGUAUUUGUCGACUUUAAAGAUUGAAAGUAAAUCUGGGUUGAAGAUAUCAGACGUAAUACAGUCAACAUAUUAUUUACCUGCAAAAGAUCGUGAAAGGCCUACUCAUUUAGAAUACAGGAUGACUAUUCCAGCUAAUAGCACGUUUGCUUUGUCUUAUCAGUUUGACAAAUCGUUGCUAAAAUACGCAGAAUAUCCGCCUGAUGCGAAUCAUGGAUUUGAAAUAGAAUCAGCGGUUGUUACAGUUAUUUCACCUGUUAAGUACGAAUUCCGGACUGCUACUUUGUUAUUAACGUUAUCUACCCCAGAUUUUAGUAUGCCUUAUAAUGUCAUCAUUCUAACAUCAACGGCAAUGGGCUUUAUAUUCGGCACCUUGUUCAAUAUGCUUGUUAAAAGGGUCGUAACUGUUCAGGAAGCUGACAAAGCGAUGACAGCAACAGGUUUGCGAGGGAGAUUUCUAGUUAUAAAGGAAAAACUAGUUAAGAUGUUCAAACGGCCCAAACCCAAAUCGGAAUAA